AGAUCUUAAACUUUUUGUCUCGCAACUUGAAAAUAUACAAAAAAAUAUAUUAAAAAAUUGUUUUACGUUUUGUGAAAGAUUUUAAAUGUGCAAUAAUAAAUUCCUCAACGAAUAAUCACUUGUGAACAAUAAUUUACUAUUUGCGAAACUAAAUAGUUAUCUAGAGAGAGACUUAAUGUGCUACGAUUAUUUUGAGCGAUGACUUAAUUUAUGAUAUUACAGCUGUUUUCGAUAUUACUAUCACUCGUAUUUAUUGUUCAUUACUUAUAUUACAUCAUCAGCUCGCUUUUCAAGCGCGAUAUACCAAAUCAAAUGCAGUCAGAAGACGCCAAAUUCAUUAAAAAGCGAUUUAAGGGCGGAAUGCUGGAAGCUCAUCCAAGAGAAAAAUCCAUAAUUGUCAACUAUAAACUUGAAGCUGCCGUCUAUGGAGAUGGGGACGUCGUGGAUCCGAUGUUGGCUGAGAAAAAGGAUUGUCAACGAAUAAUUCGUUUGAAGACGUUGAAUAACAAAACGGAUGUUGCAGCACUUGCGAAAGAAGUCGUUGAAAAAUGUGAUCUUAUACAUAAAUCACAGUUAUCGGACGUUGAACAAAUUAUUUAUUACUUGAAGAAUCGGAAAGACCCUGGUGAUUCAGGUGUGUCGAGUUUGAAAUCUGCAUCGGUUCGAUCAAAAUCGGAAGCAAGGCCAGUUAAUAACGAUACUGAUAAGGCGACAAUAAGAAAUAUUGACGAAUACAUUGAGCUUUUAUAUGAGGAGCUUCCCGAAAGAAUACGAGGUUCAGCUUAUAUUCUUCAACUAGCGCGAAACCCUGACAAUCUCGAAGAACUUGAGAAAAAUGAAGCAGUGCUUAGUGCAUUAUCGAGAGUUCUUCGUGAAGAUUGGCGAAAAAGUCUAGAUCUCAGCACAAACAUAAUCUACACUUUCUUUUGCUUCUCUACCUACACACACUUUCAUCCCGUCAUCGUUCAAUAUAAAAUAGGAUCCUUAUGUAUGGAUGUCAUUGAGCAUGAGCUCAAGCGAUAUGAUCACAUGAAACAAGAUUUAGAACGACGCAAAAAUGCUGAGAAUGGAAAGAAUGAUGUCAUUAAAAGUCAGGACAAUUUAGAUGGAACAAUAAUGAAUGUCGAGAAACCAAAAGAUAUGGAACCACCUCGUCGUCGAAUUCCCGAACUCAAACAACGUCCAAAAAGUGGAAAUUGGUCGAUGGCAAACAGCAUGACAUCUUCUGCUUCAUCAUCUUCGUUACUUAAAGCGUAUUCAUUGAAUAACAGUUACCAUGAAGGGCUCUCAAAAGAAUUACAAAAUAUGUCGAAUGGAAAUUCGAUUGAAGAACUUGAUCCAAAAAGACAAAAAGAUGAAAUUGAGAAAUUGAAUAAGCAACUGAAAACAUUUGCGAAAAAACAAGAACAGUUGCUUCGUGUUGCUUUCUAUUUACUUCUUAACAUUGCUGAGAAUACAAAAUUAGAAGAAAAAAUGCGACGUAAGAAUAUUGUGAAAAUGCUUGUUAAGACAUUGGAACGCCAGAACAUUGAUCUUCUUGUGCUUAUUGUCACUUUUCUUAAGAAGCUCUCAAUCGUACGUGACAAUAAAGAUGAAAUGAAGGAACUGAACGUAAUUGAAAAACUCCCACGACUUCUUCAUAGCGCAAAUUCUGAUUUGAUUCAAGCAACGCUAAAAUUAAUUUUUAAUCUUUCAUUUGAUGGUCAAAUGCGAGCAAAAAUGGUGCGUGUUGGUUUAAUAUCAAAACUUGUAUUAUUUCUCAGUGAUGAUAAACAUCAUGCAAUUGUCACGAAGGUCUUAUACCAUAUGAGCUUGGAUGACAAGGUCAAAGCUGCUUUCACUUACACUGAUUGCGUUGCUUUAUUGACCGACAUGUUAUUGCUUAAUUUAAAUAAGAAAUCUGACAUUGACCUCAUAUCUUUGGCCAUUAAUCUUGCUCUUAACAAGAAAUGCGCUCAAACAAUGUGCGAAAAUAGUCGACUACGUAAUUUAUUGGAACGUACGUUUAAAUAUCGUGACGCAUUGAUGAUGAAGAUGAUAAGAAAUAUUUCAACUCACGAACAUUUACGUCAAUAUUUUGUGAAUUUUGUUGAUGAUUUUGCCAAAAUGAUAAAUGAAUGUGAAGAUGAAGAUUUCUUAAUAGAAUGUGUAGGUGUUUUGGGAAAUAUGGUACUGCCUGAACUUGAUUACUCCCAACUACUUCAAGCUCACAAUCUUAUUCCUUGGAUAAGAAAAACACUUGUGCCAAGGGGUAGUGCUAAAGAUGAUAUGGUUUUAGAUACGGUGGUUUUCUUAGGCACAUGUGCAACUGAUGAACUUUGUGCCAUGCUUUUAUGUAAAGCAGAAGUAAUCUUGAGUUUAAUUGAAUUGCUAAAAGCAAAGCAGGAAGAUGACGAAAUGGUAUUACAGAUUGUUUAUGUAUUUCAACAAGUGCUUCGAAAUGAAAGCACUAGAAAUUACAUGAUUAAAGAAACUGAGUCACCAGCUUAUCUCAUCGAUUUAAUGCACGAUAAGAAUGUUGAGAUUCGAAAGGUUUGUGAUUACUGUUUGGAUAUUAUUGCGAUGACAGAUUCCAAUUGGGCAAGUAGAAUCAAACUGGAAAAAUUCCGUAAUCACAAUUCUCAAUGGUUGACGAUGGUUGAAACACAAGAAGCUGAUGAUUUACAAGAUUAUGGAACAGUUGAAGAUGAAGAUGAAUUACCACCAUUUCUCACAUCUGAUUACUUGAAUCAAAUAUACCAAUCUGGUGAUUCAAAUGACGACUCCGGCGAGCACUCGAACGGAUCUUUUAGUCGCCCAGUUAGUAGAUACAGUAAGGACUUUGAAGAUUUUGAGGUCAUGAAGAACUCGCAAUCACAAGAAAUCUUGGAAUCAUUUCCAGUAAACUAAUGUCAUAUUUUUGAAAAACAAAAUUAUCAAUACUUUGGGGAAUACGUUUCUAGUCGAGAAAACUUGCGUGUGAUAACGAUCAAAGAUGAACAAGAUAUAAUUUUCUUCCUUCUUUAAAAAUUUUUUAAAUUCAUAUUUAUCUAACAAAAUGAAGCUUAAUAAGCACUGGAAAAUUUCACAAGUUAAGUCAAAAAGGAAAUUU